GCGCAGGGGCGGGGCAGCCCACUAGUUAAACUGCACCGCACCACUCCCGAACUCAUCAGAUACUCUCCUCCUCACUCAUCAUCGGCCUAGCCUCCGUCCUAGAGAGAGAAAGAGAGAGGGAAGGGGUGGAAAAGGUGUGAGCAGAUUGUUGAUAGAUAGAGGGGGAGAGAGAGAGAGAGAAAAGAGGGGGAUAUCACAGCAGCAGCCGCAGCAGCGGGCAGAAAGAAAGACCCAAACGAGUGAGAGAGGAGAGAGAGAGAGACGAAAGCUUAGAAGAAGAGAGAUCCACCUCGAAGUAACCCCCUCCCUCCCUCCCCAUCAUCUCCUUCCUCCCUUCCCCCGCUCUCCUCUCCUCUCCUCUCCUCCCGUGCUCUCUCGCUUGCUCCUGCCAGCGGAGGACUGCGGCUUGCUACCGCGGGCAAGGAGGCGAAUUGCUCUGCUCCGCCCUGCUCCGGCCCGGGAGGAUGAGGGAGGAGGAGGAGCCCAGCUGGUUCGCGCGCUUCGACGAGGACCUGCCGGCGCCGGACGAGCUCAUGCCGCUCUCGCAGUCGCUCAUCACCCGCGAUCUCGCCGCCGCCUUCGACAUCCCCACGCACGGCGGGGGCGGCCCGCUCAGCGGCGGCGCCGACGGGGCCGGCGGCGCGGGCGGCCAGGAGAUGAACGGCGGCGCGUCGUCGGCCGCCGGCUCCAGCGGCGGCAACGGGGGCGGCAACGGGGAGGAGCCGGCCAGGACCCUCAAGCGGCCGCGCCUCGUGUGGACGCCGCAGCUGCACAAGCGCUUCGUCGACGCCGUGGCGCACCUCGGCAUCAAGAACGCCGUGCCCAAGACCAUAAUGCAGCUGAUGAGCGUGGACGGCCUCACGCGCGAGAACGUCGCGUCCCACCUCCAGAAGUACCGCCUCUACCUCAAGCGCAUGCAGGGGCUCGGCAACGGCGGCGGCGGCGGCGGGGGAGGCAGCCACUCCUCCGGCUCCGGGACCGACGCCGCCACCGAGCACCUCUUCGCCACCGGGCCCUCCCCGUUCCUCCCGCCCGGCCGCGGCCCGGCCGUCGCCGACCCCUACACCCCCUACGCCGCCAUGCCCGCCGCGCACCACCAUCACCACCACCCGCAGCAGAUCGGCCACUUCCACCACCCCGCCGCGCGCCCGCUCGGCCACUACGGCGCCGGGCCAGGCGGCGGCUUCGACCACGGGUUCCUGAGCCGCGCCGUGGCCAGCGGCGCGCCAGUCGGCCCGCCCGGGAUGCACCACCGCAUGGUCGGCGGCGGGGCCGCGAUGGGGAUGAUGGCGCCGUCGUCUUUCGCCGAGGAGCUGGAGCUCGGGUCCCGCGGCGGCGGAGGCGGCGGCGGGCGCCGGGAGCUGACGCUGUUCCCGACUUCCGGCGAGCACUGAGUGUCGACAUCGACGGUGACCGGCAUCGAAUGGCAUCCGUCCGUCCUCCUCGGGUAUAUAAAAUUCGUUUUCCCCUCUGCCGCCGCCGCUACUUCCCACAGAUCGGCAUAGAAUCCCAGCAAGAUUCACGCCCCACAUCGUCAUAUCAUAGAGGCCAAGAAUUCUUGGGAAUUAGCGCUCCGCCACCCAUAUUUUCUAUCUAUCUCUCUCUUCGCCAGUGCUGCUGUUCUGUUCUUGUGUUGCGGAUAUUUGUCAUUGCUGUUCCCGUUCUCUCCUUGUUCUUUGCUGUUGAUGACAUAAAAGCUUAGCCCUAGAGACAAUUAUUUUAGACGGUAAAAAAGUUGUGAAAAUUUGCUGCCUGCUAGUACUUUGAUUCGUGUUGUUGGUUGUCUGAGGAAAGAAAAUUCAAUCCUUGCGAAUUGCGCGGAGGAUCCAGGGGCCAGUCUGCUCUGCUCAUCCCGGCGACUGACGCUUGGUCCUUGAGUGAUGCAACCAUCUGCAUGUGAGCUGUGAUCCCUCCAAACAAGUGAUGCAAUCAUCUACCAUUGCAGAUUGCAUAGGUGAGUCGAGUAGAGAUGAUAUAGGCAGGAUUGAAUAAUGUCAAGGACCCACCCACCCUGAGCUUGGAGGUGAAUAAGUCUGAGAAUUAAGUUUGUUUGUACCGGCAUGAUGGCAAUUUAGCUCCUCGUCCUUUGGGCUUCAGGGGGAUGAACGUGUGUAGCAAAGGUUGCUCUUGCAUUCUGCUGCUGCUAGGAUCAUGAUUCAGAGCAACCCAAAUUGGAGUUUCUUGUAGUGGUAACCAUUUGUAAAUCUUCCCUGCUCCAUUUCAA